AUGAAGCCAUUAUCAUCUUACCAUUCAACAUCAACUGAAGUGUUAUUAAAACGUUUUCGUUUAUGGAGACGUCAAUAUCUUCAUGUUGUUAUUUACACAUCAUUAUUUUGGAUAUUCGUUGAUGUAUUUUUUAUAAUGUUAUUUUCUGAUUGUACAAAAGAAAUUAUUAUUCCGUGUUCAUCAUCAUCAUCAUUAUCAAGUGAUAAAUCUUCUAAAAUGAGUGAUCGUGAUGUUCAAUUACAUCCAAAAAUAAUUAUUGAUAAAAUAAACCAAAGAAAACACAAUAUAAUCGAUAAUACAACUAUGAUUGAAACAACAAAGAAAAGUAUUGCUAGUAAAUGGUGGAAAAUUGAUCCAGGAGCAACAAAUCCAACGAAUUGGCAUGGUGAAGCUGGUCGUGCUGUUGUUAUUCCAAAUGACUUAAAAGCAGAAGCUAAAAAACGUUUUGCAGAAAAUCAAUUUAAUAUUCUUGCUUCAGAUCUUAUAGCUCUUAAUCGAUCAAUUAAAGAUCAACGAUCAUCAAGAUGUUUAUCACAUAAAUUUCCAUCUGAUUUACCAUCAACAUCAAUUAUUAUUGUAUUUCAUAACGAAGGCAAUUCAACAUUACUUCGAACAUUAACAAAAUAUCUUAAAGAUACAUUAGAAGUAUUUACUAAAGAAUUACCUGUUUCAGUUCGUAUAUUAAGAAAUACUAAUCGAUUAGGAUUAAUGAAAUCUCGUUUACGAGGUGCUGAAAUAGCUACUGGUGAAACAUUAACUUUUCUUGAUGCUCAUAUUGAAUGUUCACCUGGAUGGCUUCAAUAUUUAUUAUAUGAAGUUAAAAAAGAUCGAACAGCUGUCGUAUGUCCAAUUAUUGAUGUUAUCAAUGAUAAUGAUUUUGCUUAUUUAACUGGUAGUGAUAUGACUUGGGGUGGAUUUAAUUGGAGAUUAAAUUUUCGUUGGUAUCCAGUACCACAACGAGAAGAAAUUCGUCGAAAUUAUGAUCAUUCUUUACCAUUAUUAUCUCCAACCAUGGCUGGUGGUUUAUUUACCAUAAAUCGUGCUUAUUUUUAUGAAAUUGGUGCUUAUGAUCCAGGUAUGGAAGUAUGGGGUGGUGAAAAUUUAGAAAUGUCAUUUCGUGUUUGGCAAUGUGGUGGAAAAGUUCUUAUUCAUCCAUGUAGUCAUGUUGGUCAUGUAUUUCGUAAACAAACUCCAUAUACAUUUCCGGGUGGUACUGGUAAUAUUAUUCAUCACAAUAAUAAACGUCUUGUUGAAGUAUGGCUUGAUAAAUAUAAAGAUUUUGUUUAUGCACUUAUGCCUGAACUAAAACGUGUAGAUGCUGGUGAUGUAUCAGAACGUCUUGCACUUCGUGAACGUCUUAAAUGUAAAGAUUUUCAAUGGUAUUUACGAAAUAUAUAUCUUGAAAGUUCAAUGCCUGUUGAUUUUUAUCAUGUUGGAGUAAUACGUAUCGAUUCAAUGUUUUGCUUGACUCUUCAUAAUGUCUACAGUAGUCAAGGGGCGAAUCGUACGGCUACAUUAAAUAUACAAAAAUGUAUUGAUCGAACGCAUUCGCCCAUGACUGCUGUUUAUCAGAUUUUGGUUUAUUCCAAGAAAGGUGAACUUCGUUUUGAUGAUAUUUGUAUCGAACCUAGUCCGGAUAAUAUUGUUAAAUUACAAAAAUGUUCACAAGAAAAUCAAAAUCAAAUAUGGGAUUAUAAGAAUACAACAAAUCAUAUGAUACAUAUUAAAUCUGGACAAUGUCUGACUACAGAUAAGACACAAAGUUCUGAUCGAUUAAUUCUUACUCCUUGUGAACAGAACAAUAAUGCAAAUCAACGAUGACGUUCUGUUAAAUGUACAUUUCAUCAUGUACCUUUUGAAGCUGUUGACUUAAUAUCUUCAUCAAUUGGAAUUCAUACAGUAUACAGUGAAAACACAACAUUAGCUUCUUGUUUAUGUUCACCUUCAAAAGCAGAUCAAAUCCGUACAACAUUUUCAAAUUUUCUUAUUCAAUAUCCACAAAUUUGGUUGUCAAUUAACUUACUAAAGAACUCAAAUGUUACUUAUUUUCAUUUCGACACAAAUAUUGCCAAUGAAAUUCAUGUUUCGUUUGGUUCUUUACUUUCGACUUCAACAUUCUUAGUUCAUGAUACACCAUUAAAUGAUAGAACUCAAUGGACAAUAAAAUUUUCUAAUGAACAAACAUUGAUGAUCGAGUGUCAACCUAAUCAAGAAACCGAUUCUUUUAUUCGUUUAAACUUACCAAUGAAAUGUAUUAACAAAAAUAUACUUGUCAUUGAUGGCAACCCUUAUUCGCAUAUUAUAUUAAAUAUUGAUACAAUGACAACAGAUGUACGAGAAUAUGAUAAUAUCAAAAAUGACAGGUUAUAUGGUAAUCAUCCAAUUAUUGAAUCACUUAGUCGAUGUAGUGAGAUACUCAUACGUAUUUCAUCGAAAACUAAUUUUGAUCAAUUUCUUGAUUAUCUUCAUAAUAAAUAUCAAUGUGAAAUCUUUUAUACAAUCAUAUCAAUUGAACAUAAUGCAUGUGAACAAUGGGAAAAAAUUGAAUUUAAUUGGUAUCCAGCAGCUAAUGCUCUUUAUGCUAUAUCAAUGCUUCAUUCAUUAGGAUAUUUAUUUGAUGAUAAAUAUUUAAUAAAUAAACAACUUCAAAGUAUAAUGGUUGAUUUAGCUGAAGAAGAUGAAAAACGUUUUUAUCAAUUAGCAUUAAAAGCUUUUAAUGAACUUCAAAAAUGUCAUUGGUUAGAUUUAAUUAGAAUUUUUAAUCGAAAUCAAUUAGAUCGCAUUCAAAUAGAAACAGAAGAUAAAUUUUGUUAUGUAGGUGUUAUUCAUUUAACUCCAACUUGUCUUCAUUUACAACCAAAAGAAAAAAUUGAAAGACAUCGUGCAAUGCGUCUUAAACCUUUUCAAGAUGAAAAUAAUUUUUGUUUGGUUUAUUUAAAACCUGAUCCAUCGAACAAAUAUUUAAAUAAUAAUACUGAUGUUUUGACAUAUUUUCAAACAAUAUUCGAAUCUGGUAUUGAAUUUGGUAGAAAUCAUUAUCAUUUAUUUGGCUCAUCAAAUUCACAAUUAAGAGAACAUUCAUUUUGGUUUAUUAAAGCGUCGACAUUAGAUGAUAUUGAUGAAAAACGAUUACAAUUUGGUCAAUUAAAUCAAAUUGCAAAUUUGAGUACAUAUAUAACUGGAUUAGAUUUAUGGUUUAGUAAAAGUUCUUCAACAAAAAUUAAACUUAUUUAUUGUCAAGAUGAACAAGAAUUUGAUAAACGUAUACAACAAGGGGAAAUAUGUGUCUUAAAUAUUGAUGAUAUCAAACGAAAUGGUUAUUGUUUUACUAAUGGAAAUGGAUUUAUUUCAAAAGGUUUAGCUAAACUUGUUGUUGAAAAACUAUCAUCAUGUCCACACGAUUUUCAAGAAGAUAUUUUACCAUCUGCUUAUCAAAUUCAAAUGGCUGGUUGUAAAGGUCUUCUUAUCGUCGAUUCUCAAUCAACAUUUGAACAAUUUUAUAUUAAAAUUCGUCCAUCUAUGAAAAUAUUUGAAUGUAAUGAUUGGACUUUAGAUAUUUAUGAAUAUAGUCAAUCGAAACCCGCUCGACUAAAUAAUCAAAUCAUUAUACUUAUGUCAGAUCUUGGUGUACCAAAUGAAACAUUUCUUCGUCUUCAAAAACAAUGGUUCGACAAAAAACCAACACGUUUUACGAAUUCUGAUGAUUUAUUGAAGAAUAAAAUUCCACUACCAGUUAAUGAAUGUCGAUAUAUGUAUGGUUGUGCAUUUGAAAGUCAACUUAAACCUGGAACAUGUUUUAUUCGUUAUCAAGUACUAAAUGAAAAUGGUAAAUCUUUACCAAAUCCCCAAUUUCAAUGUGUGCAAGGACGAGUACUUGUAACAAAAAAUCCUUGUCCACAUGCUGGUGAUAUGCUUGUAUUAAUAGCUGUUGAUAUACUUGAUUUAUAUAAUUUAAAAGAUGUUAUUGUUUUUUCCAGUGAAGGUGAUCGACCUGAUUUCAAUAAAAUUGCUGGAUCAAAUUUAGACGGUGAUAAAUAUUUUGUUUAUUGGGGUGAAGAAUUUCAAUUAAAGUAUUCAGUAUCGCCACUUGAUUAUCUAGCAGAAGAAAAGAUUAAACAUCCAACACCAAUAUGUGCUCAAGAUGUUAUUAAAUAUUAUCUUACAAUAAUAGAUACACCUAGUUUUGGUGAAAUAUAUAAUUUACAUGCGAUGAUUGUUGAUCAAAAUAUUGAAAAUCAUCAACAACGUACUUGUCAAAAAUUAGCUAUUGAAUUGGCUCGAAUGUUGUCAUUAGCCAGUGAUUCAAGUAAAACAGGUUAUAUUAUUAAUAAAGAACGUAUUCAACAAAUAUGUGAAACAUAUGGAAAAAAAUAUCCUGACUUUUUAAUGAAAUAUGAUAAACAAAAUUAUAAAUCUCAAUCGAUUAUUGGAAUACUUUAUCGUAAUGCUAUAUUUUAUAAAAAUGGAAACAUUACUGAACUUAAUAAUGUAUUUGCACAAAUCAAUGUUGAUGAUAAAACUUUAUGA